CGACAUCACUGUGAAACCAGAGAACUGGGUGGGAGGAAGCGAAGCGGCUGUUCAGGAGCCCGUGCUGGUAACAACCGGCUUCUAUCGUGAACGAGCAAGUGUUGCUGCUGGUCGUCCCCGGAGGAAAUAACCACAGUGGACGUUCGCCUGCGCUCCAUCUUUGAGACUAACGCUAAACCAAAAGUGUGGAGUAAUGAGAGCGGGGGAGUGAAGGAGGCAGGUGUCCCAGUAGAACUUUGGCAAGUGGGAGGCCAAGCAAGAAUGCUGGAGGCAGAGGCAGGCCUGGCAGAUGCAGCUGUAGAGGAAGAAGAAAUCGAGAUGGGGAGCGGAGAAUUGAAGACUGAGGUGGUACGGCUGACUCUGGAGCUCCAGGAGGCCACGGAGGAGAAGCUACAGGCAGCCCGCUAUGGCCUGGAGGUGCUGGAGGAAAGUGCUGCUCUCAAGGUGAAACACAGGCAGCUGGAAGAGGAGUAUGAAACCCUCAAAGGGGAGCUACAUCAGCUCAAAGAGGCAUUGACAGAUUCUGUGAGCAGCCAAAAGCGUGCCGCUGCUGAUGGAGAGUGCCGAGAGGAGAACCUGCUGCAGGAGACUGCCUCUAAGGAGGCUGCCAUGGCAACCCGCAUAGAGGAAGUCCAGGCUGAGCUGAAGCAAGCACGCCUUGCCCUGAGCAAUGCCCAUGCGGAAAUCGAUAGGCUGGGGGUGGUCUCCACCCAGCUAAAGAAGGAGUGCGAGUGUCUGGAGGCCGAAAAGGGCCAUCAGAGGGAUGAGAUGAAGGAAUAUAAAGUGCGUGAGCUGCGCCAGUUGCAGGACAAUGGCGAAUUAGAAGAGGAAAACAUAUCUAUGCAAAAACAGGUGUCUGUGCUCAAGGAAAAUCAGGUUGAGUUUGAAUCAAUAAAGCUUGAGCUGACCCACAAGAACGAGGAGCGGGAGGAGCUGCGAUCUCAGAUGGAGGAGGAUGCGAGGCUGAGGGAGAUGGCAGAGAGGCAGCUGGAUGAGGCCCUGGAAGCCCUGAAGGAGGAGAGGGAGCAGAAGAACUGUCUGCGACGAGAACUCUCCGCCCUCACCCUCAACCCCUUUGAUUCGAUGGGUAACCUGGAGCUCCAUUUGGAUCGGCUGGAUGACGGCCGGGAGGGAGAGGACCAGGACAGCGGCAUUAACAAUGGUCCUGGCUCUGCUCCCACUUCUGCUCGCCCUCCUCACUCGGGCUCCAAAAGUAACGGCCUCAUCCAACGCUACUCCGCUCCACGCAGCAGUGACGCAUUCAUGCGUGCUCCCGCCUCCGGGCUGGUGUCGGACCUGCUAAGUGAGCUGCACUUUUCAGACAGCCAGAAACUAAAACAGCAACUCUUACAGGCUGAACGAGAGAAGUCCGGCCUCUUGAGCAAGGUGGAGGAACUGCAGAUGCAGCUGGUGAUGUCCAAACAGGCAUUCAGUCAGCAAGAGGACAAGGUUGGAUCUCUCAUGCAACAGCUGGAAGCUGUGCACAGCAGCCAGCAGCACGCCAACGAGGCAGGAAACCGGGGCGAGGACGGGACGGGCAACGGAGACGGCAGCAAUGCCGUCUUUGACUACGAGGUCGACACCAGGAGCAAGGAGGUGCUGGAGGCGCGCAUGCGCUCGGCCAGCGAGGAGCUUCUGACGCUACGAGACGAGCUGUCUCAGGCGGGAGGUCGCUAUAACAGCCUGGAGCAAAGAUACAAGCAGGAGAAGGAUCGAUGGCGGGCGGAGGCCCAGGACCUCGCCGACAAGAUCCGCCAAUGCAUAAAGUCCAGCAAGCAGGACCAAGAGCGCAUCAGUGAGCUGGAGAAGGAGAUCGGAGCCACGCGGAAAGUAGCCAUCGACUCAGAAGGGCAUUUGAGCGUGGCCCAGGAAGAGCUGCUGGCGUUCUCCGAGGAGCUGUCCAACCUCUACCACCACAUUUGCGUGUGCAACAACCUGACGCCCAAGCGAGUCACCCUGGACUAUUACCGCGACGGCGCCAGGGCGAGUCUGGCAGGAGGCGGUGCGCGAAGGUCACACUACGUCCAUCAAAACUCCCAGAAGAAGCCGCGAGCCAACGACAUGUUCGUCUCCAAAGCGUCGGUCUUGCAGUUCAUGGGGGAGGUGGACAGUGCAGGCGCCAGCGGUGACUCUACUAAUUGCUCUGGAUCCCCCACCCAGGAUUUCAGGGACCCUUCAAACGUCUGCAACUUGGUCGCGGUCAUCCGCUGCCAGAUCAAACACCUCCGGGUGGCGGUGGACCUGUGUCGUCAGCGGGGUGCGAUGCCUUACUCGGGGUUCAGCAGCAGCGGAGAGUCGGAGCGGGAUGCCGAAAGCCUCAUGGAAGAAGUGCUCAAACUCAAGUCCUUUCUCAGCACGAAGAGAGAACAGAUCGCGACCCUCAGGACUGUCCUCAAGGCGAACAAACAGACGGCGGAGUUGGCCCUGUCCAAUUUGAAAACAAAGUACGAGACGGAGAAGAGCAUGGUGUCGGAGACCAUGAUGAAGCUGAGGAACGAGCUCAAAGCCUUGAAGGAGGACGCCGCCACCUUCUCUUCACUGCGAGUCAUGUUUGCCAGUCGGUGUGACCAGUAUAUCACCCAGUUGGAUGAGAUGCAGCGGCAGCUGGCAGCAUCCGAGGAUGAGAAGAAGACCCUGAACUCCCUGCUGCGUAUGGCCAUCCAGCAGAAGCUGGCUCUCACUCAGCGCCUGGAGGACCUGGAGGCCCCCCCGUCUCCCCACAGCUUGAACAGCAGCCCCCGCCGCUCCCGGGCCAAAGAGCUGGCCACCAAGUCCGGCCGGGCUCCUCGGAGCCCCCGGAGCAGUCCCGCCCGCCCCCCUAUGAGAAGCAGUCCGCGGGCUAGCCCCGUUCUCGGCGGCAGCGUUUCUGCACUGGCCACGCACCACCUGCGAGGGUUAACCCGAAGUCUCCACACAAGCCCUCGCUGAAACACUCCUUCCAUCACUCCAAACUCUCUCUUCUCCAUAAGGACCCGUCUUCAUGUUGACUCCCCGGCUCCCACCUCCCUUCCUGACUCGAGACAUCCUGUCCAUCCCAGAUACGGUGCAACAUUUUUCCCAGUCUACUUACCAGAACCAUGGAUUUAAAAAAAUCUGUUUCAAUUCUCUCAUCCCACCCACUUGGUUUUUUUUUCUCUGCUUGGAUCGGCGAAUCCUGCAUGCAGCCUGGAGCAGGAGGGAGAGACACAUGCUCAUUGCUCUGAGAAGUCAUUGACCGCGUCUUGUCCCGAGUGGAUCCAACUUUCUGGUCUUGUUUGAGGCUGCUGUGUGUUGUGGUGAACCAGUGACAGUAUUUAUUCCAGAAUGAGGGAUGUUUCAUGUGCAGUGUUUACUGUCCUCAUACUUUUGAUUCAAGGAUCUGAUCUUUUAAAGGCUGUCUGUCUUUACAUUCUUGCCUUUAGUCUGACAUCCUGGUCAGACUGGUCUGGCAUCCCGGUCAGACCGGUCUGGCAUCUUUUAUUGUCUGUAAGCCAUUAGAUAACCUUUGACUCUCCCAGGAAGUUGUUUUUGUUGAACAAUUACUAACAUAUUUGACAAGAGCUUGCUGCUGUCUUAAGGUUCCUUCCUUUGUACCUUUUGUGGUGCAGUUAGAUGCCUUUUUGUUUUUGUUUUUUUGUGGCUCCUGUGACUUGCCGCUCCCUUUUAAUGUAGGUCAGUAAAAAUGCUGUUUAAUUGAUGGAAAUAAAUCAGCCAUAAGUUCACCACCUCAGGUCAAGCAGAGUAAUUAGAUUCAUGAUUUGGGAGAUCCCCAAUGAGCAUCUUACUUUGCACACUAUGCAGACCAAGUCAGGCUGAAGCCGGUGCACGUCCUGCUGUUCUUUUAGAGUCGGGUGGGUUUUGAAACUUUCCUUCACUUAAACGUAUAAUGGCUGGCUGCAGCCAUUAUUCAUCUCUCACAAGAAGCAGCUUUUGGAAAAUAUCUGGGCAUUACAAGAUUCCCAUUGGCUGAUGAUGUAACUUCCCGCUUGCGUCACGUAAAAAUUCAAGGGGCUUUGUUUAGACAACUAACCUGUCGGGCCACGCUCAUUUCUCUUGGUUACAUAAUCAUAACAGUUCCCAUUCAGCUUCUGCUUUGUCUCACUCCAUUGAACAACUGAGCAACGAUAAUAUCAUGUUUUGUAUUCCAUCAUUUAACAUCAUCAUGCUUCUGUCUGUUACCAUAGCUGCUAGCAUGUUGUAAUUAACUAGUAUUACCCACAACAUACUAGUUAACGUCUCCUCGAGUUGCUGCUUCUAGAACAAUUAACUAUUAAUUAAAAGGCAUUACCCAGUGCUUUGCAUCUAGUAGCAUAUUAUGACUUAAAAGUAAGAAUAAAUCAAUUUUACGAAACAAAAUAUUUGAAAGCGAGGCUUAGUAACUCCAAUGUGGCGUUGCUUUGCUACGAGGAGCUCCACACACAAAGAAAAGUCACAAAGAAGAAAAAGAAGUAUGCUGAUCACCCAACAUGGGUUGCUUAUAGAGUAGUUUGAUGCCGGGGCUGUGAUUUAAGGACAGCGGCACACAUGUAAACAUUGGCACUGUAACAAUACCUGCCUCACUGAAUGCAGUUGAUAUCUGAAUUGACCUGCAGUAGACCAAUCAUGACCCUUUUUUAUGACCACAUUUGGAAACGGACGUUUUAGAAACGAGAACCGAAUGCAAGAAACUGUUGAAUCCCUUUUUUUUGUUUUAAGCUCAACUGUCUGUGGUUUAUAGUAGAAGAGGCCAUGACCUGCUGAUUUGUUUUGUUUUUGGUGCCUUGGUUUUGAUUUGGUCUGUUUUUAGAUUACAUCACAUUGUCUAAAUAUAGGCCCCUUUUUAACACUGUAGUUGUGAUUUUGAAGGAAUAAUUUUGAAGGUAUGUUUUAUUUACUUUCCCAUAAAGCAGUGUUAGCACUGAAUAAGGAGAUAUCUCAUUUUGGUAAAUAUUUUCACUUUUUAGCUUGCUCGCCGUAGUAACUAAAUAGUAUUAGUAAAUCAUGAAUGCAGAAAAUCAAGAACAUGUCUGAAAAGCUUUAGAAGGUUACAUUUCUUGCUAAGAAGUGGAAAUGCUUUAACAUUAUGUCAUAUUUCUUCGAAGGUUGUAAAUAGAUUUCUCAAUCUAUUUAAUUCACUGAAGAUGUUUAUAAUUUAAUUACCAUUGUUGUAUAUUUUAACUGUAUUUAUGUGUUCUGCGUUCCGUGUCUGUACAUUGUAAUAGAGGAUUAUGUGCACACUACCCAUAACGCAUGGAUGGUCCUCAACUAUUUGUGUGUGUGUGCAGCUUCCUUUCAUUGACCUGUGAACCGCUUUUGUCAUGAAGAAUAAAAACGAGCCAACACUG